GAAUGCUUAUAGACUAGACUAUAACCUGCAGUCAUUUUAGUCCAGCCACCAGAGCCAGAGACAUACACACAUACACAACAGUUCACCAGAACAUCCACAUUAUUGUCGAGAUGGGAAAGAACAACAAGAAAGGAAAGAACAGGAAAACAACUGCCCCUGUCCUGCAGCAGCCUUUAGAAAGGCAAUCUCUGCAGGAGCCGAAAGGGGACAAUGAGCUAUGUUCCAGCCAGGCUCAGGUUCAGAUCCCUGAGCCUGAAUCACCAUCGCUCAUACUCAAAAAGAAACGAGUACGGCCAUCUGUGAGGGAAAAGGUUGCCUUGCUGCAUGAGGAAGAGCAGCUAAAAGAAGUGCCAGAAAAUCACAAAGACAGGACAACCUCAGACAUGGUAACCUCAGACACGGCAACCUCAGACAUGGAUCUGGACCUUGUUAAGGUUUCCAAUGAGCAGGAGACAGCAGAGGUGGCUGUCACUGAAAUCAGCCAACCCAUGGAAGCCCUUGACAUCGAAAAGGAGAAGCAAACGGAGACAAAUGAACAUCCAGCCCAGCCAAGACUCAGACUGCAGGUUGGUCUGUCUCACGUUGCCGAGGUCCUGCAGAAUCAGGCACUCAUGUGGUCACAGGACAGAUCUAUUCUCCUUGGAGAGAUCUACAAACUGCGUGCUGAACUGGAACAGGAGAAGAAACAGAAGUAUCAGGCCAGUCUCCAGGCAGAGGGAAUCCUGGACACCUGUGCCAUUCAGGCUGCACCGAACUGGACCCAAGAGGUCCCAGCCAACAAGGACCACCAGUGCCAGGAGAAGAACUCAUGUCUUCUGGCCGAGGUCAUGAAAGAGAACGAAUCUCUUAAAGCUGCCCUGUACCAGACCCAGGUGGACCUGAAGAUACAGAAGCAGCAGUGGGGGAAGGUAACAUCUCAUCUUUUCGAAGAACAAAAGGAAACCUGCAGGUUGAAGGUUGCUCUGCACCAGGCCCAUGAAGACCUGAAGAAACAGAAACAGGAGAGGGAGAAGGACACAUCCAAUCUUCUCUCUGAACAAGAAGAAACCUGCAGGUUGAAGACUGCCCUUACCCAAGCUCAGGAGGACCUUAAAAAUCAGAAGCAGGAGUGGGAGAAGGAAACAUUCAAUCUUCUCUCCGAACAAGAGGAAACCUGCAGGUUGAAGGCUGCCCUGACCCAGGCCCUGGAGAACCUGAAGACACAGAAGAAGGAGUCGGAGAAGGAAACAUCAAAACUUCUCUCAGAACAAGCGGAAACCUGCAGGUUGAAGGCUUCCCUGUACCAGGCUCAGGAUGAACUAAAGAAACAGCAGCAGGAGUGGAAUAAUGAAAAGUCUGGCCUCCUAGAAGAGCAAAAAGAGACCACAUCCAAAAUAAAGGCUGCCCUGUUUCAUGCUGAAGAGCGGCUAAAGAUCCAGAGGUGUCAGUGGGAAAAGGACCGGUUCCAGCUCCUUGUUGGGCAGAUGGAGGAAAAGGAAAAGAUGAAGACUGCACAGAAACAGGCAGAAGAUAAUCUUAGAUGCCAGUGGAAGGAGGACAUGUCCUGUCAUGAAGAAGAGACCAUCAAGAUGCAGGAUGCACUGAAGCAGGCAAAUAUGGACCUCCAAAAACAAAAAAGAGAGUGGGAUAUGGACAGAUCACUGCUACUUGCAGAGCAGAAUGAAACCCUCAAGAUGAAGACCUCCCUGGACCAGGCCAAAGAGGACCUGCAAAAACACCAGGUCCAGUGGCAGCAGGAGAGGGCCUCUCUCAUGGAGUCUUUAGCUGCCAUUAAUAAGUCUCUGGAGGAAGAACAAGAAGAAAGAGCAAAGACUAAUGACAGCUUAAUGGACAGACUGAGGACCCUAGAAACUCAGGUAGAGGAGGCUAGGAGACCACCAAAGAAGUCUUUUAGGAAAAGGUUCCUGCAAUUCUUUAAACGAGAUACAGGGACUCCCUCUCAGACCUCUGACACCCACAGCCAAGACCCUUCAACUCCUCAGUUGUCCUCUCACUCCCAUCAACCCAAAAAAGUCAAAUCCUAACUCUACCCCUAAACUCCAUACCCCCCUAAUUCCCUAUUCAUGUGC